AUUUUGCAUUUGGAUGGCUUUUCGAAUGAUGACAAACAACGUUACAAAUACUCAAUCUUGAGAAAUGUUGUCGAUUCCAUAGCGCAAAUGUUAAGCGCAUGUGAGACGUUUCGCAUUGUGCAUGAAUACGUUAUUCAGGAAAAGGUCAACAAGUUUUUGCAUUAUUAUGAAGAAAUUAACAAAUCGACUGCCGAGAUCCAUCUUCCGAAAGAGAUGGUCGGUAUCAUUCAACGUAUUUGGCAAAGUACUACGAUACAAUUGGUUUAUACGAGGCGUUUUAGUUAUCAGUUAUUGGACAGCGCCAAAUAUUUUCUUGACAGUAUUGAACGAAUCACCGAAGAGAAUUAUUCACCGACUACACAAGACAUUUUGCAGUGUCGAUUCCGUACGACCGGUAUUCAUGAGAUCAAUUUCAUGUACAAAAAACUUGACUUCAGGAUGGUCGAUGUUGGAGGGCAACGUUCAGAAAGGCGGAAAUGGAUUCAUUGCUUCGAUAAUGUUAAUAUGGUUCUUUUUGUGGUCGCGAUGAGUGAAUUCGAUCAAGGUGAUCCAGAGGAUGAAACUCAGAAUCGAAUGAUUCAAAGUCAACAAAUCUUCAAAACGAUCGUACAAAGCGACUAUUUCAAAAAUGCUUCUAUUGUACUGUUUCUAAACAAAUUCGAUAUAUUUCAAGAAAAAAUCAAAUACGCGUCACUGAAGAAGUGUUGGCCAGAAUACAACGGUGAUGAAUCGGUUGAAGAUUGUACAAAAUUUUUGCAAAAGCAAUUUCAACGUUGUGUUCCGAAUAGGCAAAAAUAUUUCGCAUUUGUUACGACCGCAACUGAUACGAGUAACAUCGAUUUGGUAUUCGGCUCAGCUGUUGCACAUAUUGUUAAUCAGAAUCUGAAAGCGACCGGUCUCCAUGAGUAA